AUGCAAGAUAUGGAAGUGGAACAUGAUGAAUUGGAGCAUUCGUUAAAUAAAGGUAAUUAUAAAGAACUAAUAAAAAUGUUUAAGAAAUACGAUUUGGAAUUUUCUAAUUUACUUUCUGAUUCGAAGACAUUUAGCGGUGUAUGUAAAACAAUCCAGAAUGAAUUAAUAGAAUCAAUUAGUUACAUUUUGAGUAACGUUAUUGAAUCUAAGAUGCAGAAAACCAUUUGCUUUUCUCUAAAAGUAGAUGAAACUACCGACAUAUCAUGUCGUUAG